AUGUCUCUCCUCUCCCGCCUCCGCCACUCCCUCCUCCUCCUCCACACGCGCCGCCUCUCCACCACCACCUCCAAAGACCAAACCCGCUCCCUCCUCGCCCUCCUCAAAACCGAAACAGACCCCCACAAAAUCGUCUCCCUCUGCAAAUCCGCCUCCCUCACCCCCGACUACUCCCAACUCCACCGCAUCACCCUCUCACGCGCCGUCACCUCCCUCCGCGACUCCACCCGCCCCGACCUCAUCCCCUCCAUCCUCGACGAUCUCCUCCUCUCCCUCAAAACGCACCGUUCCGCCUCCCACGCCAUCCUCCUCUACGGCCAGGCCCGCAUGCCCCACCACGCCGUCCGCACCUUCCGCCGCUGCUCCUCCGACCUCGGUAUCCCCCACGACGUCGAACUCCUCAACACUCUUCUAUCAUCUUUGAUUUCCGCCCAGGAUUAUCAACAAGUCACUCAAAUCUACGCUGAAUUUCCCAAGAUUUAUGAAAUAGAGCCAAAUCUCACCACCUACAACCACCUAAUCAGGUCGUUUUCGGAGUCCGGCUCCACCGAAAAUGCCUACGCCGUGCUGGAAGAGAUGGAAAUGAGGAAAAUCAAGCCGGAUGGGGACACAUUCGCGCAUCUCCUCGCGGGAUUUUACCGCGAGGAGAGGCUGGAAGAUUUCGAAAACGUGAUUAAUUUGAUGGUUAAGUUCGGGUUCCAGCCGGGGGUGGAUAUCUACAAUGUGAGGAUAAAGAGUCUUUGCAAGAUGAAGAAGUCAGGGGAGGCAGCGGCAUUAUUGGAUGGGAUGCUGGGGAGGGGUAUGAAGCCGAAUGUGGUAACGUUUAAACAUUUGAUCCGGGGGUUUAGCAAGGAGGGGAAUUAUGAGCAGGUCAAGAAGAUGUUUGGGGAUAUGGUGGAGAGGGGGUUGAAGCCGGAUUGUAACUGCUACUAUAUGCUGGUGUACUACUUGUGUUUAGGAGGGGAUUUCGAGAGCGCGUUGAGGUUUGCUAAGGAGAGCAUUGGGAAGGAUUGGAUGCCGAAAUAUGAGAAUAUGAGGGUGCUUGUGGAUGGACUUGUGAGCAUUGGGAAGGUGGCUGAGGCUCGGGGGCUUAUCGGCCAGAUGAAGGAGAAGUUUACUGUGGAUCAAGAUAGGUGGAGUGAAGUUGAAGAAGGCUUGCCACAGUGA